CGACCUAUUUUAUUACAAGGACACACCCGAUCUCUUACUCAGAUUAAGUAUAAUAGGGAGGGGGACCUUCUUUUCACAGUUUCGAAGGAUCAUGUCGUGAAUGUUUGGUAUUCACACAAUGGAGAACGUCUAGGGACUUAUAAUGAUCACGUUGGUGCUAUUUGGUCUGUUGAUGUUAAUUCAACAACCACUCUCCUAAUUACUGGUUCGGCAGAUAAUACCGCAAAGCUUUGGAAUGUUCAAACUGGCAAGUGCUUACACACUUGGGAGUUUAAAACUGCCGUAAAACGUGUUGCAUUUUCUGAAGAUGACACCAUGGUGCUUGCCAUAACUGAACAGCGCAUGGGAUUUCCGGGAACGGUAGUCAUUUUGAAGAUUAAUCCAAAUGUUGAAGCAAAACAAUCCGACGAACAUAUUAAUGUCAUAUUGCCUAAAGGUUCAAAAGCAAUGGUGGCAGAUUGGGGAUAUCUUAAUAAGUAUAUAAUAACUGGCCACGAAGAUGGAAGCGUCGCUUUGUAUGAUUGGAAGACUUCCGAUCAAAUCAAAUCAAUUCAUCCUCAUGCUGCUGAGAUCACCGAUCUUCAAUUUUCUGAAGAUCGCACAUAUUUUGUCACUUCGUCGAAGGAUAAGUCAGCACAGAUCUUUGAAUCUAAUACUUUAAUUCCCCUGAAAAAAUAUGUGACCGAUGCCCCUCUCAAUUCCGCCGCCGUCACACCGAUCCAGGAAUUCGUUAUUUUGGGUGGUGGUCAGGAUGCUAUGCAAGUUGCUUUGGCUUCGUCGAGACAGGGUAAAUUUGAAUGUCGAUUUUGGCACAAGAUCUUAGAGGAGGAAGUUGGUCGGGUAAAAGGUCAUUUUGGGCCGAUCAAUACUAUUGCUGUUCACCCUGAUGGCAGGAGUUUUUCGUCGGGAGGAGAAGAUGGUUAUGUUCGAGUUCACCAUUUUGACGAUGAUUACUUUAAAUUCAAGUAUCCUGAACUAUCUUAA